AUGAGUGUCACUGUUCUUGCAUCUACUCCUGCCCUUCCCCCGGUUGGCAGAAAGACCUCCAUGUGGGGAAAGAUGUUCGGCAACUACAAGCUGGGCAGCGAGGUUGUUCCUAUGGAGGACUCUGGCAUGCUCAGCCCCAGCUUGCCUGUUGAGAAGACCAGAAUGGUCUCGGUCUCCACCGGUAUUGAACAGAAGAGCACCAUCUACAACCGCAAGGCAUCAACCAUGUCCACCAUGGCCAAGGACUCUCGCACUGUCUCUGAAAGCUCAUCAUCCAAGAACCGCGCAUUCAGCAUCUCCAGCCGCCGCUCUUCCAAGAACAGCAUCAGAAGCUGGUUCAGAAGCGCCAACCCUGACACUGAUGCCAACGUUCCGGCCAUGCCUACUAUGGACCGCAAGUUCUCUCAAUUCUCCAUGUUCAGCAGCCACAACCCCGACUCCGAGUCGAGCUCUCCCGCUGCUUCUCCCACUGCUUCUCGCCGUCCCAGCUAUGUUCCUCGCAACGCUGCCUCAAGCUUCCUCCGCACCACUACUCCUCUCAGCACCGAUGAGAAGGCUGAGGUCAGCCGCAGAGCAAGUGUCGCCGAGCAGCUUCCUACUCCCAACCUUGCUUUGAAGGCCAGAUCUGUUUCAUCUCCUGUUAGAGCCAACAAGCCCGCUCCUCUUCUCUUCACCUCCGCUCCUGCCGAACACGGUCUCCACAGCAUGGAGGGCGCUUGCGACAUCGACGACUCUGACCUUGUCUCUCCUCGCGGUACCACUUUCUCGGUUGCAUCUGCUCCUCACUCACCAGCCGACACGAUCAUGGAAGAUCCCAUCGAGCAUCAAGUCGACUCAGCAAAAGCCAGUCCUGAGCUCAACCCUACGAAGAACGAAUCCACAGUCAACGUUGUCGAGUUGACAUGUUGA